AUGGUUAAGCAUACAAAAGAGCGACUUUUAGAACACUCUAAUAUAAUUUCAGUUUCUGAUGAUGGUUUGACGGCAUUUUGCAAAUGUGAUCAAAAUAUAAAACUCAGAUAUCCAUAUAAUGAUGAUUAUUUUGCUGAACCUACAAAUACAUUACCCAAAAAGCGUUUUACAUGUAUGGGUUUAUGUGAACAAAUUCAUCGUACAUAUACUCAACGUGUUCAGCUUACUAUUACACAUGGUAGUUAUCCUUCACGUCAUUUAUUAGCAAAGCAGUUCUUUCCUGAAAAAUUUUCAGAAAAAGUCGAUUAUAGCAAAUUAAAUCAAUCAGAACUUGACUUGCUUCAUAAAGAAGUAAUAUGA